AUGUAGGUUCAAUAAUAUUAUGUAGAUACAAAAUAAAUAAUUGUAGAAGGUAGUGAAGGUAUUUUAUGUAUAUGUACUGAUAAAAAUAAUGAAAAAUAAUAAUUAUGUGCAAAAGUAAUUAAUUUAUUGAAUUAGAUUGUAGAAAUAAAAAAGGAUCAAAUUGAAAAAUAAUUAAAUAUCCUUUCAAUAUUAUAGAAUGAUGGAAAUUCACAAAAUUUAGUCAACAUCAAAUAUUUUGAGUAUCUUGAAUCAAAGUAAUCUAUGAUUAUAAUUAUGGAAAAAUGUCACUAUACUUUAAAAAGUGAAUUAGAAAAAAGAAAAUAAAAUAAUCAAGUCUUUUCUGAUUAGGAAAUUGAAGAUUUUCUAGAAUAGUUUUUAUCUGGUUAUUAUAUUUUAUAUACUCAUAAAAUACUACAUAGAGAUAUAAAACCAGAUAAUAUUUUAAUCAAUAAUUAACUUGGGAAAUUGAUUUAUAAAUUAACUGAUUUUGGGAUAAGUAAAGUUUGUGAUCCAAAUUCAUUGUAAAUGACUUAUAUUGGUACACCCCUUUAUGCCCCACCAGAAUACUACAAUUAAAUAGUAAAUCUUAAAUAACAAGAUGAUGAUUUCCCUUAAAGCAAACGUGAUGUUUAUUCUGUAAAAUACUUCAGAUAUUCUUUUAGCUUGGUAUUAUACUCAUUAAAUGAUGACAGGGGAAUUACCAUUUAAACAAACAUAAGCAAAAUAAUUUGUAAAUCAAAUUAAAGACACUCCAUUCAAAAUGUAAAUUAUAAAUCGCAAAAAAUAAUUGACACAAUUAGUUGAAUAAAUGAUUUAGUACUAUCUUAUGAAAAGAAUUUCUAUCCCUUAGUUAAGAUAAUAAGUUCAAAAUAAAUUGACUGAGUUCCGUUCUAGAUAAAAUACACAAUAAUUAAAUUAAAAUCUAAGUAACUUUAAUACUUAAAGCAAUAAUUAAUCUAAUUUUUUUGGAAAUGAUUUUUUAAAACCAAAUAAAGUAUAAUCAAGUGAUUCUAGUCAAAUGAAUGGUUCCAGUCAAAUGAAUGGUCUCAGUCAGAUGAAUGGUUCCAGUCAAUUAUUUCGUCUCAGCCAAAUAAAUGGCUUGAAUUAAUUCAAUUAAAUGUACAACUUAAAUGAAAAAUUUAGUAUUUCCAAUUAAUCAUAGGCUUCAAUAAUAAAUUAAUAAGGUUUUUAAACUAAAAGGGAUAGAUUAAUUACUGAA